CGUCCCUCCCAAACAUCUAUUCAAAUAAGCCGAAAGGCGAAAGCAUCUCUCAACUAAAGCAAACGACGAUGGAAGUAAGCUCAUCGGAUAUGGAGUUCACAGAGAUCGAGACCAACGCUGACUCGAUCGACAACUCAGUUGUAUUCCAUGUUAUCAAAAGCGUUUUCGGUUUUGUUCUCUAUAUGCACCAGCAAAUCCCUUCGAUUUUUCAGGAUAUUAGUCUUGAAUUUGAUUCCUUGCAAACAGAGUAUAAAGAGCUGGAGACGACAAUUACAAAUACCGAAUUAAAGGCAUCUGUUCGAAGAAAUCACAUUAGUAGAAUGAGGGAGGUGAAACAUGGGAUUAAGAGACUGGAGAAAUUGGUUAAUACAGUUGGUGGGCUCGAGAGUGCGUUGCAGCUCAUAAUUAGUGAGGUUCUUUGCAUUGAGGAAGUGAUUUUAGUACUUGGGGCUAGUCCAAUACGGCCCCAGCAUGUCUAUGAAUUGUGCUUUUCGCGUGGAAAUGUUGUCCCAAGAGAUGAUGGUGGUUUUGCUAAAAGCAAAGUUGCAGAAGGGCUUUCAAGAAAGGCUGUUCGUGCGUUGAUCUCGAAGGGUGCUGGAUCUAGUUCGUAUCCAGGUCCUAGUAAAUUGUUUCUGUUGGUUAAAGCUCCAUCUUCUUUCAACUUGCCCCUGCAUUUUCUUCCAAAACGUGACUUCAGAUACAGUAAAAAGAUUGUGCCUUCCAGGCUGCAAAUUAAGUGUAGAAAAGUUCUGGAAAUGGAUGCUCCUGAUUGUGGUUCUCAAACCAGCAGCUCCAGAAAUUCGAGAGAAUCUGCUUCAAAUGAUUUAAUCUGGUUUCAAUGUCGCCAUGUAGUCAAGGGCCUUGCAUUCAAGAUCCCAACAGAAGAAUGACAGUGUUUUCAUCAUUGUAGAGAGCAGCUUUUCUUGUUCCUCUUCUGAUCAUGCUUCCCUUAAAAUACAAUACACCUAUGCAGCAGCGUUUGUAAGUAACUGUCCUUAUCUUAUCUCUAGUCAAAUUUAUUCACCAGCCUUGACUCAACGGUCAAAAAUUCUGUAGAUCUGUGAUGCAUUAUUAUCAAUUGACGUUUGGUAGUUUCCCUUGGUAUUC